CCCAGCAUACAUUGGGCGAAAGGAAGGUCGCCAGUCCAUCGCAGGGCGGCGUAGAAUAUCGUUUGGUCGAAAUAUAUCAUUAACGCAGUUGUUCGAAAUCACACGCGCACUGCAGUGUCUUGAAAUUACGUCAUUACACAUGUUACUCAUGGCAUCUGCUCGAAAGCGGAGCUGAGUUUCAGAUUGCCGUGUUUCUUACUUUACCAAUUUGCAACGGCUUUCAGCGGCUAUCGGUCUGCCUCCAUCUGCUCCCAACUAGGAUGUUGCCUUCCUCCUGUGACACGUUUGUAGCCUUGCCUCCAGCAACAGAGGGGCAGCGUGUUGUCUUUGGAAAGAACUCUGACAGGCCCUGUGAUGAAGUCCAAGAGGUGGUCUACUUCCCAGCUGCAGACCAUGCAGCAGGAAAGAAAGUGGAGUGUACCUACAUUGAGAUAGAGCAGGCCCCCCACACCUAUGCAGUGGUGUUGAGUCGACCUGCCUGGCUGUGGGGUGCAGAAAUGGGGGCAAACGAGCAUCAGGUGUGCAUUGGGAACGAGGCUGUGUGGAGCAGAGAGGAGGCCAGUGCUGAGGAAGCUCUGCUUGGCAUGGAUUUGGUCAGGCUGGGUCUGGAUAGGGCAGACAGCGCCCAGAAGGCCGUGGAUGUGAUUGCUGAACUGCUGGAAAAAUAUGGCCAGGGAGGGAACUGCAUAGAAAACAAAAGCAGCUUCAAUUACCACAACAGCUUUCUGAUCUCAGACAGGACUGAAGCCUGGAUUCUGGAGACAUCUGGGAAAUACUGGGCAGCGGAGAAGGUGGAGGAGGGAUAUCGCAAUAUCUCCAACCUGUACUCAAUAACCACCAAGAUAGACCGGGAGCACCCAGAGAUGAGGGAGUACGCCAGGAGUCAAGGCUGGUGGGACGAGAAAGCCGAGUUCAAUUUUGCUGAAGUUUAUUCUCAUAUGGACACGGACAGGAUUGAAGCCGCCGUCAGGCGAUACUGUGAAGGGCGCAAACUGCUGGAGAAAAGUAAAGGACGAAUCACAGCUGAGGCGAUGAUGGGGAUUCUGAGGGACAAAGAUAGUGGAAUCAACAAGCAGGGGAUGUUCAUGACGAGGGGAAGCAUGGUGUCUGUUGUGCCCAAGAACCCCUGCCUGCCAGGAGUGCACUACUUCACCGGAACGCCGGACCCUGAGAGGUCCGUUUUCAAGCCUUUCAUUUUCGUGGAGGAUAUUAAGCAGCUGAAGAUGACCUGUUCUCCCUGCUUUGGGCAGGAUGACCCCGUAAAGAUGAAACCCCGUUUCCAGAGCAAGCCAGACCGCAGGCACCCCCUUUUCCUCAAACACGCGGUGGUGGCUGCCAUCAUCGAGACUAAAGAGGAGAGGGGGAACAAAAUAAUGCAGAGCAUGAGGAAGCUGGAGAAGGACAAAAUGGCUGAAAUGGAAAAACAUCUGAGCAGUGGGGUUUUAGAUUCUACUUCGGUUGUACAUCUCUUUUCAAAAACUACUGAAGAGGAGCUAAGUAUGUACAGCAAAUCAUGAGCAAACAACCGGUACUGUGCAAAUCAGGAUACAUUAUUCCUUCCCAUUUUCAUGGGACAGACAUACAGAAAAUAGUUUUGAUGGUGCAAAUAUACAUGAUGUACAUUACUACUACUAUAGUAUUACCUCUAAUGAUAAAUUAUAAUAAUAGUAAUAAUAAUAAUUAAAAUAGAUUUUAAUUCAUGGUAGUUCAUUCAUGAAUAUGGCUAAUGUUCCAUUCAUUUUAUUGAUUACCAAUUCAAGAAUUCAAUGAUUAUGUAGCACAGCAGUUAAAAGUAUUUUGAAAUGGCAACUGAUAUAAGUAAAAGCCAUUUCUUGUGUGUAACAUUAAUUAAAGAAUGGGUAAAAUAACAAUACCUAUAAGUAAAGAAUGGGUUGUUAUGAACACUGGGUUGUUAUGAUCAAUAUCAACAAAAUACAUUGUUAUAAAACAUGGAAAAAGGCAAUGACUCUACUGCAUAUUGUAAAAUUAUUACAUUUUUGUGUACCUAUGGUAAAGACCCUAUGGUAAAUACCCCCACUUUAUUUUAAAGUAUUAAUUCAGCCACAUGUAAGCUUUUCCAUGUCUGUAAACUGGAAACUAAUGAAGUUUACUUUCGAUGGAAAGAGCUUCUAAAUUUGGAGGUCUAACCAGGCAUCCCAGUGAGCAAAAGACUAGACCAAUCUAGAUGUUUAGAGGGCUGGAAGUCAGGGACUGAGAGACAUUUUGACAUAAACAAACUAAUUUAGGCCCAAUUUAACUGGAUGUAACCUGUUAAAACUUCAAAUAAAUGUAUUUUUAAUGAAA